GCAAGAACAAGAUAUCCAAAGAUGACAAAACUCCUCGCCGUUGUAGCCAUGGCCAUGCUGUUGGUGCUGCCCUACGCCCAUGGCAAUGGAGGAAGUUGCUGGGCCCCUCCGUUUGUGUUCGGCUCGACGUGCAGUUCGGACACUUCCAUUUUCGGGAGUCCGGGUCACCGGGUCCGCUACUCAGUCAGCGUCACUGGCAAUGGGGGGACACUCGUGUGCUGUGAGGCCAGAACCUGUGACACCAGAGGCUGCAGACUGAGGAGUAUUGGGUGUGGUAGCUCCACUUUUGCCUCCACUGUCCCUUGGGGGAACAAUCUCGCCACCCCGGCUGUCAAGUGCAAGGGAACGCCUUUCGGAGCCUUCAUCCGCUUUUCACACUGAGAUGGGAUGGGUUUCCGGGUUCUUCCGCUUUACCCACUUUGAUGGGACAGGCUUUCAAGCUCAUCCGCCUUUGACACCGAGACACGGUGGAAACGAUGUAUGCUGAGUGGAAAAAUCCAAGAACACUUCCUUCUAAUCCAAACAAAAAGCUGAAAUAUUUUGUAUAAUGUUAUACACCAAAGAUGUCAUAUUUUAUAUCGGUUGUGAAAAUAAAACAUGCUAACAAAA